UUGACGUGUUCGGUUGACAAAGCGGAAACGUGCACUAGUCUAUUUGGUUAACUACAAAAAUCAACUGACACACACAAGAGCGCCUGAGUGAGCAGGACAGCAAGCAGCGGGCGAGCGAAAGCGAAAGAGAGAGAGAGCAGAUAGCCAGACAGAAAACAACAAAGAGCAGUGAUGCCAGCGCAAACUAGAUAAAUGAUAGCGAAAAAUGUGCAAAAUAAAGGCGACAACUACUGGCAAAUAGCAAAUAUUAAAGACGAACAACAACAACGAGCGCCUGUGUGUCCGUGUCCCCGUGCGUGCGUGUGUGUGUGAGUGUGUGAGCGAGAGAGAGAGGGAGCGAAAGAGCGCGAGUGCAAGUGUGUGAGUGUUUUGUAUCUGUGCCAGUGUGAGUGCGUGUCACAUAUCAGCAGCAGCAGCAGCAGCAGAGGAAAAAUCAGAGGCAGCAGCAGCAGAAGUUCAGUGGAAAAGCGCGCAGCCAAGCAGGAAAAUUUGUAAAGCAAGUCGGCAGAGCAGCGGCAGAGGCAGAGGCAGCGGAGGAAGCAGCGCAGCAGCAGAGACGCCAGCAGAAGGUCGCCACGCCCACCACCACCACCGCCCACUGAACCCACAGAGGAGGCUGCCACGCCCCCGCCCCCCUCCAGGAAGCAGGACGCACGGCACACCACAUCACCACUCCCAACAUGGGCAGCGGACACUAUUUCUGGGCGAUCUUAUACUUUGCCAGCCUGUGCAGUGCUUCACUAGCAAAUAAUGCCAAAAUAAAUUUCCGAGAAAAGGAGAAAAAAGUCUUAGAUCAAAUUUUAGGUGCAGGCAAAUACGACGCCCGAAUACGACCAUCUGGAAUAAAUGGCACAGAUGGACCAGCUGUCGUUUUCGUCAACAUAUAUAUUAGGAGUAUAUCGAAAAUCGAUGAUGUAACCAUGGAGUACAGUGUGCAGUUAACCUUCCGUGAACAGUGGACGGAUGAACGCCUCAAGUUCGACGAUAUCCAGGGACGCCUGAAAUAUCUCACCCUGACGGAGGCGAACCGCGUGUGGAUGCCCGAUCUUUUCUUCUCGAACGAGAAGGAGGGACACUUCCACAACAUCAUCAUGCCCAAUGUGUAUAUCCGCAUCUUCCCCAACGGAUCUGUGCUAUAUAGUAUACGUAUCUCGCUGACAUUGGCCUGUCCAAUGAACCUGAAGCUGUACCCGCUGGAUAGACAGAUCUGCUCACUACGAAUGGCCAGCUAUGGCUGGACCACAGACGACUUGGUCUUCCUGUGGAAGUCGGGCGAUCCCGUGCAGGUGGUAAAGAACUUACACCUACCUCGCUUCACACUGGAGAAGUUUCUGACUGAUUACUGCAAUAGUAAAACCAACACUGGUGAAUACAGUUGCCUCAAAGUCGAUCUACUAUUCAAGCGAGAAUUCUCAUAUUACUUAAUACAAAUUUAUAUACCAUGCUGUAUGUUGGUCAUUGUAUCAUGGGUAUCAUUCUGGCUGGAUCAAGGAGCAGUGCCGGCGCGUGUGUCACUGGGUGUCACCACCCUACUGACCAUGGCCACCCAGACGUCGGGCAUCAACGCCUCCCUGCCGCCCGUUUCCUAUACGAAGGCCAUCGAUGUGUGGACAGGCGUGUGUCUGACGUUCGUGUUCGGGGCCCUGCUCGAGUUCGCCCUGGUGAACUAUGCAUCCCGUUCAGGUUCGAAUAAAGCUAACAUGCAUAAGGAGAAUAUGAAAAAGAAGCGCCGCGAUCUGGAGCAGGCCAGUUUAGAUGCCGCUUCAGAUCUGCUCGAUACAGAUAGCAAUGCAACGUUCGCAAUGGCGUCGCAAUUUGCGCGCGGUGGUGGCCAACAGAAACCGCUAGUUCGCCAUCCCGGCGAUCCUUUGGCCCUCGAGAAGCGGCUCCAGUGCGAGGUGCACAUGCAGGCCCCGAAGCGACCCAACUGCUGCAAGACCUGGCUGUCCAAGUUCCCAACAAGAUCCAAGAGAAUCGAUGUUAUAUCGCGGAUCACCUUCCCGCUGGUCUUCGCCCUGUUCAACCUGGUCUACUGGAGCACAUAUCUCUUCAGGGAGGAGGAGGAUGAGUAAAUGCCGUUACCUAUUGCCAAAUACACCAAUUACUUUAUAGAAGAGUUGGCGCUGUUGGCCAACACGAAUGUACUAACCUAUUCUUUCAUUCUUUUCCAUUUCGGUUGUCCUCAUUUCAUGCUUUGUGUUGCUUAUGGCUUUGUUCUGGCUUCAUUUCCAAUUUGACUUGAAUUGAUUUCUUGAUUGACACCCUGAUUGAAUGGUUUAAACUAAACCACUAAAGGACCUUCUAAGGCGCGUCUCUGAAAUCCAGUGGCUAUGUAGAAUCUAAUAAGAAAUUAACUAAUUGUACCGGAUACGUUACGAUUAUGAUAUAUGGCCGAGUGCUAAAUGCGAAAUGCUAUACGUAUGGUUAUGUCUCGGAAAAGUGCAGAAUAGUUAGGAUCGGUAUCCGGCAAGGCUCCAAGGCACUUCCACUAAAACAAUAUAAUGUUCGAUGAAUGACAAAAUUAUAGUUAAUUGUAAGCUAAAUUGAUCAAGAGUGACUGCGUAGUAGAUAAUGUUAUGAAUAAUUAUACGAAACACACACUGACACACACCACAACACUUGUUUGACUUGAUUUGUUUUCCGAGGAUGCUCCAAAUUGUUACGAAUUGAUGAAUUAUUUUAGCUGGUAAUCGACGAUAAUCGAGUUUUGUUCCGGACUUUAGCUUAGCUCUAAAAAAGUUAAAAAUGAAAUUGCAAUUGAUUUGUACUUAAAUGCGUUAAGUUAGUUAAGCCGCAAAAAGCAAGUGGAGGUCGUAGACAAUUCGACGUUUGUAAAUAUGUCAUACAAUAAGUUUUAAGCGCAUUAGUUUAAAUGAAUUCUAAUUGUAAAAAGCGUGUAGAUAAAUUUAAGUUUAGUCGAUAAACAAACAACUAACCGAAGCGAAAAAAAUAGGUAAAUUCAAAUUAAUUAUGUUCACCAUGGAAGUAAAUAAAAAUUGAAUCGAAUCGAAAAUAUCGAAGAAUCCUUCAAAGCACCCAGAAACAAAAACAGAAUUUUAUUUUCGCAUUGUUUGCCCAAAACUACUCCUAAAUGAUAAGUUCAACUAAAACUGGUGGGUAUCUGCAAGUUAUUUUACACUAAAUUUUAUUAGAGUCUUUAAACUUUAUUCAUUAUUUAUAUACGGCUUGCUUUUGAUUUUAGAGUUCAAUUUUUAAAGUAGUUAAAUUGUUCUUGUACUCACGGGAAAUAAAGCCCCAAAAAUUCUGAUUCCUGUUUGAUUUGACUCCGUAGAGUAUUAUAAUAAAUUUACAUUUACCUAAUUAUGUAUUGGGUCGCUGAGACCACUUAGCUAGUUAAUUUCCUUAAUUAGUCUUAUAAAAUAAAAAUAUACAACAUGCAAAACCAUAAACCAAUUAACAGACAAUACAAAAUAUUUUAACAUGUAGUAAGAAGAAACGACCCUUAAAAACUUAAUGAAUACUACACAUAAAAUUAUUGAAAUCAGUAUUAUAAGCCAUAAAUUAGAUCGAGAUUUAUACGGUUCUUUUCAUAUCCAAAAUAUCUUUGGUUAUUAAGUGCCUUUUGUAUGCCAAGGAGAUUUCUCCCCACUUUCUUCCCUUCUCCAGCUCUCUUCCUCUCUUUUAACUAACUAUAAUCCUUUCACACUCUGAAAACUUCUUCCCUAAACCCAAUUAGAGAAAUGCACUAACCGACACCAUAAACUAUGCAGCUCUAAUUUUAGAAUUAUAACUAAAGUGAAUUCUACAUAGCAACAACAGAAACAGAACCAGAACCACAAUAAGAACUUAAAUCCUUCGAUAAAAUCAAAUAAAAUAUUUUAGUAGUUUUUAAUGUUUUUAUUAACUUAAAGCCUGUUUUACUCUCAUGUUUCUUUUAACCUUUUCUUUGGUUUCGGAAAUGCUUUUCGUUUGCUAUCAUUUAAAACCUAAAGGUAAGAAAUUAAUCGUAAAAUGAAAUCAAAAAUCAAUUGAAACUUAUUAUAAUAUAUAGACACUACACAAGGCACCCUGCAUAAUAAUUGUUGUCAUUAAACAAGCGUCAUAAGUACGAUCAGAACAGUAAGAAAACCGAAAACCGAAAACGGAAAAUAUUUAUAGAUACUUUCAUGUUGUAAAAGUUGUGCCAAGCAAAGAGAAACCAAAAAACUAGUCAAAGAAUACCGAAAGAGAUCGCGAAUUAUAACUAUAACUCUAGCUAUAGUUGUAUUGUAUAUGAAGCUAUUGAACAUACAGGGUUUUUAAAUGUGAGCAUAUAGUUGAUGAACCAGAAGAAGAUCGAAAAUAAAAGUAGAUGGCAGCCGUAAAUGGGCUGAUUGAUUGAAAAGCGUUGAUUGAUGUACUAGAAGAAAAAAUAAUCCCGAUGAAGGUGGAAAAAACAAUUAAAUUAGGUCAUACAUACAAUGGGGAGGGCGAAACACUGAUUUCGGCAUUUAUUUUUAGUGGAAAAACAUACUUAGGUUGUGUGCUGCUCUUCGUUUGCCGUUCUCCAAUUCGGUCAAUUAUCAUUUUCCCGGCAAAUCGUCUAGCAGCGGCAGUCCAGUUCAAUGUAAAUAGUUUGGGUCAGAGCAUGUAAAUGCCAUUUAAUGGUUAGGCUAACGAGAAACACAACUACGGGAAAUCGUAACACGAAAUGUGCACAACUUUAUAUAUAUAUAUAGAUGCGUUCCAAAAAGACUUACAGGUUUUGAUUAACAAAGAGAAGCAUAGAGAUUACGAAUCAUUUACCAAUGCGAUGUAAACACGAGAAGCAGAAGAACUAUGCGAACGAGUAGAUCCUAAGUUAACGUAUGUGUAUAUCCUAAGAGGCAGUUUUGAAAACCUGGCUAGUUAAAGCAUUCACAUAACUAAGCUACUAAGCGCCACGGCAAAUUGCAUUCACCACCCACUAUCUGAAC